CCUUUCCCAGCCCUUUUCCAUCCCCUUUUCCAACCCCUUUUUCCAGCCCCUUUUUCCAGCCACUUUCCAGCGGCCGUGACCGCCGGAGGACGCGGGGGGAGGGGGGAGUGUGAAAUUCCCACUCCAAGGGUGGGAUCGGGAUGGGAUUAACCCUUCCCAGGGCUGGGGCUGGAAAUUCCCACUCCAGGGCCGGGAUCGGGAUGGGAUUAACCCUUCCCAGGGCUGGGAGUGUGGAAUUCCCACUCCAAGGGUGGGAUCGGGAUGGGAUUAACCCUUCCCUGGGCUGGGAUUAACCCUUCCCUGGGCUGGGGCUGGAAAUUCCCACUCCAAGGGUGGGAUCGGGAUGGGAUUAACCCUUCCCAGGACUAGGAGUGUGGAAUUCCCACUCCAAGGGUGGGAUCGGGAUGGGAUUAACCCUUCCCUGGGCUGGGAGUGUGGAAUUCCCACUCCAAGGGUGGGAUCGGGAUGGGAUUAACCCUUCCCAGGGCUGGGGCUGGAAAUUCCCACUCCAAGGGUGGGAUCGGGAUGGGAUUAACCCUUCCCAGGGCUGGGGCUGGAAAUUCCCACUCCAAGGCCGGGAUCGGGAUGGGAUUAACCCUUCCCAGGGCUGGGAGCGUGGAAUUCCCACUCCAAGGCCGGGAUCGGGAUGGGAUUAACCCUUCCCAGGGCUGGGGCUUGAAAUUCCCACUCCAGGGCCGGGAUCGGGAUGGGAUUAACCCUUCCCAGGGCUGGGAGUGUGGAAUUCCCACUCCAAGGGUGGGAUCGGGAUGGGAUUAACCCUUCCCAGGGCUGGGAGUGUGGAAUUCCCACUCCAAGGGUGGGAUCGGGAUGGGAUUAACCCUUCCCAGGGCUGGGAGUGUGGAAUUCCCACUCCAAGGGUGGGAUCGGGAUGGGAUUAACCCUUCCCAGGGCUGGGAGUGUGGAAUUCCCACUCCAGGGCCGGGAUCGGGAUGGGAUUAACCCUUCCCUGGGCUGGGGCUGGAAAUUCCCACUCCAGGGCCGGGAUCGGGAUGGGGUUAACCCUUCCCAGGGCUGAGAGUGUGGAAUUCCCACUCCAAGGGUGGGAUCGGGAUGGGAUUAACCCUUCCCUGGGCUGGGGCUGGAAAUUCCCACUCCAAGGGUGGGAUCGGGAUGGGAUUAACCCUUCCCAGGGCUGGGAGUGUGAAAUUCCCACUCCAGGGCCGGGAUCGGGAUGGGAUUAACCCUUCCCUGGGCUGGGGCUUGAAAUUCCCACUCCAAGGGUGGGAUCGGGAUGGGAUUAACCCUUCCCAGGGCUGGGAGUGUGGAAUUCUCCAAGCUCCGGCUCAUCCCAGCUCCCCCAGUCCCUCGGGAUCGGGACACCGAGCACCUGGAUCUGCCUCUGGACCCCCGGUGACCCCAUUCCCGAAAUCCCGAGUUUAUCCCGGUCCCCCGUGGGGACCUCUUGGAUCCAAAGGGAGAAGGGGAAGGCAGCGGGAUGGGGCCACCUCCUGUCCCUGCAUCCAUGGAAACACCGGGAAUCCGGGGCCCCCCGGGAUCCCGGAGACGGGACACGGGCACAUCCAGAGCCUCGGGAUCAGGAGGAUCCAUGGCCGGAACCUGGGAACGUCCCUGUGCCCAUCCCGGUUAUCCCAAACCUCCCGCUUGCCUCAGCAUCCAGAGGCAUCGGGGCCACGUUUGGGACGGGAUGCGGAAAACCAGGAUAAGAAAACCACAGAUUCCCCUUCCCAGCAUCAUCUCCCCUGGGAAGGGAAAACAUAAAGAAUUGACAGGGAAUUUUUAAGGAUGAAACCCUUAAUUACCAAAAAUUCCUUCGGAUCCCAAGGCAGCCCCAGUUUUCCUCUCAUUUUUCCCCCAUUCAUGCCUCAGUUUCCGCUGUUUUCCCCCUGUUUCCGCCCCCUUUCCCACCGGGAUAACGACCUUUCCUCCCGCUCCCGGCGGUUCACAGGAGUCGGGAUGAGCCCUGGGAUGAGCUUCCCCCACGGCAGGAAUUUUAAGUCGCUCCGAUGGAUUGUAAAUAUUUGGGAUACGGCUGACGGGGAAGAUUUAAACGCUUUAAGAGGGGAAAAAUUGGCUCAAGAUUCCUGAAUCCCUCGGGAUCUGCCCGGAGGCUCCUGCCCCGUCCCUGGACCUGCCAGAGCAGCCCCUCUGGAUCCCUCUGGAUCCCUCUGGAUCCUCGGGAAUGCGCUGUGUUCCCAAAUGCUGGAGGCAGCUGAGCUUUGUGCUGUUUUCCAUGGGAAAAUCCCGGCUCCGUUGUUUUCUCCGUUGGGAAUUUGGACAUGGAAAAUAGGGCGGGAUUAAAGGAUGGAUGCAAGGAUGGAGCCAUGGAUGGAUGGAUGGAAGGAAGGAGCUGGGAAUGUCCAGCUGGAGAAGGGAAGAAUCCAGGGAAUCCUUGGAGCCCCUUCCCGAGCCUAAUGGGGCUCCAGAAGAGCUGGAGAGGGAUUUGGGACAAGGGCUGGAAGGACCUUAAAUCCCAUCCCAUUCCAACCCCGACACUUCCCACUAUCCCAGGGUGCUGCAGGCCCCGUCCAGCCUGGCCUUGGUCCGGGAAUCCCUUUUCCCAAAGGAUGUGGAAUCCCUGGAUGAGCUCCAAGCCAAAUCACCUCGUCUCCCUCAUCCUGGGAAAGGUCAGGAGUGGGAUAGAGCCUUAUUCCAAAGAGAAUCCGGUGUUUCCCGAAUUUGCCGAGCGGAGUCGAUGGAGCAGCAGCGUGGGGGGAUCCCAGGGCAGCGGGAUCCUCCUUUCCCAACCCUCGUUCCCUCUCCAGACCCCGAGGGAAGAUUCCAAGGUGGUGCUGGGGAUCGGGAUCCUCCUCUCCCAGCCCUUCACUCCUUUCCCAGAUCCCACGGGAAGGAGACGAGGUGGUGCCAAAUUCCCACAGGAGCGGGAUCCGCCUUUCCCAGAUCCCAAGGAAAGGAGCCGAGGUCCCAGGGAUCAGGAUCUGCCUUUCCCAGAUCCCAAGGGAAGGAGCCGAGGUCCCAGGGAUCAGGAUCCUCCUUUCCCAGAUCCCGAGGGAAGGAGCCGAGGUCCCAGGGAUCAGGAUCCUCCUUUCCCAGAUCCCAUGGGAAGGAGCCGAGGUGGUGCCAAAUUCCCACAGGAGCAGGAUCCUCCUUUCCCAGAUCCCAAGGGAAGGAGCCGAGGUCCCGUGGGAUCAGGAUCCUCCUUUCCCAGAUCCCAAGGAAAGGAGCCGAGGUAGUGCCAAGGUCUCAUGGGAGUGGGAUCCUCCUUUCCCAGAUCCCGAGGGAAGGAGCCGAGGUCCCGUGGGAUCAGGAUCCACCUUCCCCAGAUCCCGAGGGAAGGAGCCGAGGUCCCGUGGGAUCAGGAUCCUCCUUUCCCAGAUCCCGAGGGAAGGAGCCGAGGUCCCGUGGGAUCAGGAUCCUCCUUUCCCAGAUCCCGAGGGAAGGAGCCGAGGUGGUGCCAAGGUCCCAGGGAUCAGGAUCCUCCUUUCCCAGAUCCCGAGGGAAGGAGCCGAGGUCCCAGGGAUCAGGAUCCUCCUUUCCCAGAUCCUGAGGGAAGGAGCCCAAGUCCCAGAGGAUUGGGAUUCUCCUCUCCCAGUUCCCGAGGGAAGAACCCGAGCUGGUACCAAGGACCCGGGGGAUCGGGAUCCUCCUCUCCCAGCCCCUCUUCCCCUCCCAGAUCCCAAGGGAAGAAUCCGAGGUCCCAGAGGAUCGGGAUCCUCCUUUCCCAUAUCCCAAAGUAAAGACUGGAGGUGAUGCCGAGAUCCCAAAGGAUCAGGACCCUCCUCUGGCAGAUCCCGAGGGAAGAAUCCAAGGUCCCAGAGGAUCGGGAUCCUCCUUCCCGAACCCCUGAGGGAAGGACUGGGGGCGAUGCCGAGAUCCCAAAGGAUCAGGACCCUCCUCUGGCAGAUCCCGAGGGAAGAAUCCCAAGUCCCCGAGGAUCGGGACCCUCCUCUCCCAGCCCCUCCUCCCUCU